AUGGAAAAGCCAGAUGCUUUUGCUGCCACCGACAGAAAAGAUUCUAUCUCGAGUGACCCUCCACAGCCUCCUGUUCUUCCGCCUUCUCCAUCUCCUGAUGACUCCAGACCAGACGAUGAUCCUGCUCCUACCGUCAUACCUCCUCCUCCCGCUCGAUACUAUGCCUUUAUAUCUAACAAGGGAGAGAGAAAGAGAAGAGAGGAGCGAAUUAAGAUAAAACAGGGUGAGGGGGAGGGAAAGGAAGAAAGGGGGAAGGGAAGCCGCCGUCCCGCCGCCGCCGCUGCUCCUCUUCCCUUCGCGCUAACCCCAGAGCAAACGCGACCCUCUCCCCUCCUUCUCUCCUUCCCUGUCUCGGACGAUCUCCUCGAACCAGAGCUCACCGCCGGCGAGCCUCUUCUGCUUCACAAUGGUGCAGCAACGUGGAGCCUCCCCUGCUUCACCACCACGCAGCAACGUGGAGCCUCCUUUUCUUCACCACCACCACCGCCAGUGAGCCUCCCUGCUUCCCCUCUCUUAGUCCCUGUCGCAGAAGGAAUCAGAGCCACUAUUGCCCGUUACUCUCCCUCCAGCCCCUUCCCGUCAUGCCCAGACCGUCGGCGCUCCACCACUGCUUCCCCUAUCCCCUCUUUUCUGUUUUCUAUUUUCAUAAUCCAGGUUAUCAUUUUGCUUUCAAUUUCUGUUUUUGGUUAG